AUGGAUCAGCAGUGGGCUGCCUACUCCGAAGCGCCGGAUGCCAGCCGCCAGGCGCGGUAUGCUCCACAUGGGACGACCCCCUCGCAGCACACGCAGCACACGCAGCACACGCAACCCACGCAACGCGACGCCAGCGCGUCCGCGCAACUUAAGCAGAACUCGUACGCCUCGCCCUCGGCACCCUCCCGCGCCGGCACCAUUGCGCUGCAGUCUCCGAGCCAGAGCACCAGCCGUGGGCCCGACUUCAACGACAACGACGGCGACGUCAAGAUGGAGGACGCCGACCCAUACAAGCCCAAGUACAACACGCAGCGGCCGAACCACCAGCACCGCCACUCGCAGCAGUUCCUGCAGCAGGAGGAGAGCGCCGCCGCCCGCAGGUACUCGCCCAUGAACAUGUCGCCCACGUCGCCCUACCCCGGCGGCGCGCAGCACGGCGGGCAGACCUACACGAGCUUCACCCCGCAGGUCCAGAGCACCAGCAAUCGCGGCAGCCCCACGCGCAACAAUCCGUACAUGUCGCCGCCGAACAGCUACUACUCUCCUCCCUCAUCGCGGCCGAACGCCCCCCAGCUGCCGCCCAUCCAGUCCAACAUGAGCCCCGAGAGCUUCUACCCGCAGUCUGCGACGGCCCAGCUGAACGCCGUGUACAACAGAGAGCAGCGGUCCCCACGAGCAUCGACGAAUCCCAAUCCCCCGCAACUGCCCUUGGUAGGGCGCGGGCCCGUGCCGCAGUUCGAGCCAUGCACGAACACAGCCGACCUGAAGCCCAAGAUCAACACGCAGCCCCCGUUUCGUCGUGCAAAUCCAGAGGGUGGAUUCCUCAGCCCCCUUCAAGCGCUCACAUGCCAUCUGCCCACGACAUACAAGCUCUGCAAUGCUGGCUUCAACUACCAAGCCACCCGCAACCCGCGUCGAGUCCUCACGAAACCCAGCAAGGGAGUGAAGAAUGACGGCUACGACAACGAAGACAGCGACUAUAUCCUUUACGUCAAUGACAUCCUGGGGUCUGAGGAGUCAGGGCACAAGAACCGCUACCUUAUUCUCGACGUGCUGGGCCAGGGAACGUUCGGACAGGUUGUCAAAUGCCAGAAUCUGAAGACGCAGGAGGUUGUUGCCGUCAAGGUUAUCAAGAACAGGACGGCGUACUUCAACCAAAGUAUGAUGGAGGUCUCUGUGCUCGACUUGCUGAACAAGCAAAUGGACAAGAACGACGACCACCACCUUCUGAGGCUCAAGGAUACUUUUAUCCACAGGCAGCAUUUGUGCCUUGUGUUUGAAUUGCUGAGCGUCAACUUGUACGAGCUCAUCAAGCAGAACCAGUUCCGAGGUCUGUCCACAACGCUGGUGCGCGUCUUUGCUCAGCAGCUCAUCAACGGUCUUGCCUUGCUCGGCAAGGCGAAGUUGAUACAUUGUGACUUGAAGCCAGAGAAUAUUUUACUUAAAAAUCUCGAGAGUCCCAUCAUCAAGAUCAUCGACUUUGGAUCCGCAUGCGACGAGCGACAGACAGUCUACACAUACAUUCAGUCUCGAUUCUACAGAUCUCCUGAAGUGCUCCUGGGUCUGCCCUACUCGGCAGCGAUCGACAUGUGGUCAUUGGGCUGUAUCGUGGUGGAGUUGUUCCUCGGUCUGCCUUUGUUCCCCGGAUCGUCUGAGUACAAUCAGGUCUCCAGGAUUACAGAAAUGCUCGGUCUUGCGCCACAGUGGAUGUUGGAAAUGGGCAAGCAGUCUGGCGAGUUCUUUGAGAAGACUCAGGACGAGUACGGCCGUAAGAACUACCGACUCAAAUCCAUGGAGCAGUACUCGAGGGAGCACGGCACAAAGGAGCAGCCCAGCAAGAAGUACUUCUCGGCCACGACCCUACCAGACAUCAUCAGGAACUACCCCAUGCCGAGGAAGAACAUGAAGCCAAACGAGAUUGAGCGAGAAAUGGCCAACCGAGCCGCCUUCAUCGACUUUGCUCAAGGUUUACUCAACCUCAAUCCCCUCGAACGAUGGACUCCGGCACAAGCAAAGCUCCACCCGUUCAUUACACAGGCGAAGUUUACUGGCCCCUUCGUGCCCCCAAUGACUUUGAAGUCCAGCUCAAGUCGCUCCCCGGCUCCUGGCGUACAGGAGCAGCAACGCUUCGAGGGUAUGGCUAAGCAGCGUGCUCAACAGCAGCAACAAGCGCUCGCUGCACAACAGGCUCAAGUAGCCCAGAGUGCUGCUUACGCAAACAUGCAGAUGAACCAGUAUGCUGCACAGAAUCCGCAUCCGCAACCAAACCCGUACAACAACAUGUACGCGCCAAACCACCAAGGCCAGCCGCCGCCUUACCCUGCGCAGACAGCACCGUACGGACAGCAGAUGCCUGCAAUGCAACCCCAGCAGCCUCGACAGUACGCACAGCCGCAGAACCUCUACGCCCAGGCGACAACACGGGCUGGGCGGCAACGUGCAUCCACCAUGGAUCAACAACAGGCCAAUGCUUCGGGCAUCCCACCAGCUCUGCAAAGAGUCAUGAGCCACUUGGAUCCAAAUGCGCCCGUCAGAUUGCAGCCAUCGCCUGCAUACUAUCCACCGCCGCCUGAGGGUGCUCCCGAGAGUGCCAGUAGCUCGAGACGGAGAGGCUCUCGCGCAGGCACUUCACAACGGAAUCAAAACUUUGUUCGCAACCUCGAAGAUCGAACGCUAGAGGAAGGCUUCAUGCAGCAGCCUCAUUGGCAAUGA